CUUCAUUAAAUCAAACAGACACUAAUAGAGAAAAGACAACAGAUUAUUAGAUUACUAUUCUCAUUCCCUCUACCAAAUGGAGGUUACCCAAUAAAGUCCUUCCAAUUUCAAACGACAAGCCGUAACAAGAUUUUUUCAGAGAAUGAGUGACGAAACCGAAUAUGCAUUUGCGAUUGCGAGCCACUUCCAUUGUGAACAAUCCACUCACCCAACGCUCUCACCUCAUUCACUCUCACUCCAACUCACACCCUUCCUCUCAUCUUCCUCAAUGGUUCUCCAUCCUCCGUCACGCCAUCGCAGCCUCCGACUUACUCCUUGGAAAACGCACCCACGCCCUCAUUUUAACCUCCGGCCACACUCCCGAUCUUUUUCUAACCAACAACCUCAUUACCAUGUACGCUAAAUGCACCUCUCUUACCUCCGCACGCCAACUGUUCGACAUAACGCUUCAAAGAGACAUCGUAACUUGGAACGCCAUUCUCGCCGCGUAUGCUCACACCAUAGAACUCGAUGACUUCCACAAAACCCAUGAAGCCUUUCACCUCUUCCGUAUUCUCCGUCAAUCCACCGUGGUCGCCACUCGUCACACUUUAUCUCCUCUCUUCAAGUUGUGUCUUUUCACUGCUUCUCCCUCCGCUUCCGAGACCCUUCACGGUUAUGCCGCUAAGAUUGGGUUGCAAUGGGACGUGUUUGUCGCUGGUGCAUUGGUUAAUAUAUAUGCUAAGUUUCGACGAAUUAGAGAGGCGCGUGUUCUGUUUGAUAGAAUGCCUGCGAGGGAUGUGGUGCUUUGGAAUGUCAUGUUGAAGGCUUAUGUGGAAAUGGGUCUUGGUGAUGAAGCUUUGGUUCUUUUUUCCGAGUUUCAUCGAAGUGGGCUGCGUCCUGAUUGCAUUAGUGUUCGUACUGUUCUAAUGGGGUUUGGUAAGAAAACUGUUUUUGAAAGGGAAUUGCAGCAGGUUCGAGCUUAUGCUACCAAGUUGUUUAUGUGUGAUGAUGAUUCGGAUGUUAUUGUUUGGAACAAAACUCUAUCUUCGUAUCUCCAAGCAGGUGAAGCUUGGGAAGCCGUUGAUUGCUUUAGAGAUAUGAUCAAAUUGCAUGUGCCGCUUGAUAGCUUGAGUUUUAUUGUGAUUCUCUCUGUGGUUGCCAGUUUGAAUCAUCUUGAACUGGGAAAACAGAUUCACGGUGCUGUUUUAAGGUUCGGAUGGGAUCAAUUUGUUUCUGUUGGGAAUAGCCUUAUUAAUAUGUACAUUAAGGGUGGUUCUGUUUAUUAUGCAAGAAGGAUGUUUGGUCAGAUGAAAGAAGUUGAUUUAAUAUCGUGGAACACUGUGAUAUCUGGUUGUGCUCUGAGUGGUUUGGAGGAGGGUUCUUUAAGGUUGUUUAUUGGUUUAUUACGGAGUGGACUGCUGCCGGACCAAUUCACCAUUGCAAGUGUUUUGAGGGCUUGCUCUUCUCUUGAAGAAAGCUACUUUCUUGGUAGGCAGGUUCAUACUUGUGCUUUAAAAGCUGGGGUCGUCUUAGAUUCAUUUGUUUCGACAGCUCUAAUUGAUGUCUAUUCUAGGAGUGGACAGAUGGAGGAGGCAGCACUUCUUUUUAAUAACCAAAAUGGAUUUGAUUUGGCAUCUUGGAAUGCUAUGAUGCAUGGGCAUAUAGUGAGUGAUAACUAUCGUGAAGCCCUGUGGCUAUUUAGACUAAUGCAUGAAAAUGGAGAGAAAGCUGAUCAGAUUACUCUGGCAAAUGCGGCUAAAGCUGCUGGGUGUUUGGUGGGGCUUCAACAAGGGAAGCAGAUUCAUGCUGUUGUUAUAAAAAUGAGGUUUGAUUUUGAUUUGUUUGUCAUUAGUGGUAUUCUGGACAUGUAUCUAAAGUGUGGAGAGGUGGAAAGUGCACAUAAAGUUUUCAAUGAAAUCCCUUCACCAGAUGACAUUGCUUGGACCACUAUGAUUUCGGGAUGUGUGGAAAAUGGGGAGGAAGAGCGUGCUCUUUUUACAUAUUACCAGAUGAGACUUGCUGGGGUGCAACCCGAUGAGUAUACCUUUGCUACCCUUGUCAAAGCUUGCUCUCUUUUAACAGCACUGGAACAAGGGAAACAAAUUCAUGCAAAUAUUAUGAAGUUGAAUUGUGCGUUUGAUCCUUUUGUGAUGACCUCACUUGUUGACAUGUAUGCCAAGUGUGGGAAUAUAGAAGAUGCAUAUGGUUUAUUUAGAAGAAUGUACACUAGGAGUGUUGCCUUGUGGAAUGCCAUGAUAGUAGGAUUGGCUCAACAUGGAAAUGCUGAGGAAGCUCUCAAUUUCUUCAAUGAAAUGAAAUAUAGGGGUGUAAGACCAGAUAGAGUUACUUUUAUUGGGGUCCUUUCUGCCUGUAGUCAUUCCGGUUUGAUACCUGAUGCCUAUGAAAAUUUUUAUUCUAUGCAGAAAAACUAUGGAAUUGAACCUGAGAUUGAGCACUAUUCUUGUCUCGUCGAUGCCCUUAGCCGUGCAGGGCGCAUACAAGAAGCUGAGAAGGUAGUAUCAUCAAUGCCAUUUGAAGCUUCUGCUAAUAUGUAUAGAACACUGCUUAAUGCAUGCAGGGUUCAGGGAGACAAAGAGACCGGAAAACGUGUAGCAGAAAAGCUUUUUACCUUGGAUCCAUCUGAUUCAGCGGCUUAUGUUCUGUUAUCCAAUAUUUAUGCCGCUGCUAACCAAUGGGAAAAUGCUGUGAGUGCUAGAAGUUUGAUGAGAAGAGUAAAUGUAAAGAAGGAUCCAGGGUUUAGUUGGGUAGAUUUGAAAAACAAGGUGCAUUUAUUUGUAGCUGGUGAUAGAUCACACAAAGAGACUGGUUUGAUAUAUAAUAAGGUGGAGUAUGUUAUGAAGAGGAUCAGAGAAGAAGGAUAUGUCCCUGAUACAGAUUUUACACUUGUUGAUAUAGAAGAAGAGGAUAAAGAGAGUGCUUUAUAUUAUCACAGUGAGAAGCUAGCAAUAGCUUAUGGGCUCAUGAAAACUCCACCAUCAACCACAUUAAGAGUAAUUAAAAACCUUAGAGUAUGUGGAGAUUGCCAUAAUGCAAUCAAGUAUAUAUCAAAAGUUUUUCAGAGAGAGAUUGUUUUGAGAGAUGCAAAUCGGUUCCAUCAUUUCAAGAGUGGGAUCUGCUCUUGUGGUGAUUACUGGUGAAUUUUUUCCCUUAAUAAUACAUGAAUAUCCCAUUUUUAAGUUGGCUUGUCCGAGAGCUACUAUAAGCUAACCUGUCAUCCACUCUAAUAGUGGCUGGUAAGAGAGGUACAUGGGGUGCACCUGUUUUCAAUGGUGUACCGGUGCACCUGUAAACUUAAAGCACUGAAUUCCUUAAGUGGCUGUUUGUUUAUAUGGUGGAAAGAACACUGAACAUAAAGCUACGCAUUGUAGCUACAAUGUUUUCACGGCAAGAAUGCCCAGGACACAAAAACGAGAUUUCUGCCGCAGUUCCAAACAAAAAAAAUUAUUAAAUUGUCAGCCAACAGUAAGAUUAUGCUAUGCAUGUAUGCAUAGUGAAUCACUCAAAAACAGGUAAAUAUUUGUAGAAUGGAUUGCUUGCACUCACACAAUCACUCUAUUGAUUUGAUGGUUUACGUUUUGGCUUUGUGUUUUGAAUUACUUUUGCAAAGUUUGGAAUCUGAGCAGUGCAAUUAAGAUUGGAUACUGAGAUCAGGGAACCUUUCCCUCUUCUCUCAUUAAUGAAUUCGGCCACCUUAUUAAUUUGAAUAUGGGUUUAGAGAAUGUUACCUCAACCAAGAUGACUGACUAUUUGUUAAUACUCUUUUGAUAUGCUUUGGUUUUAUUUUAUUUUUCAAUUGCUUCUGUUCUUGAGUGGCUGUCCCCUUCUCUCAAGCUUGCCAAGAAUCAUUCUAACUUUACAAAAUUUAAAGCAAGAAAGAGAGGCCCUUGUGUAUAUUUUUUGUUAAAUAUUUUAUUUUAUAGUACCAACUACAAAUAUAGGUUAGGUUACUUUCUAUUGCCUUCUAUGUGCUUAAUUCUCUGCUAUUAAUUUUUCUCUAAACAUUCACAUUCUCUGCUACCUAUGUUCACUUGUGUGUAGCUAGUUAGCUACAUCCACUACCUUUCUGCUUCUGUUGAUAGUUUUUUUACUUUUGUUGCUUAAAAUUGUCUCAUUGGAUUAGUUUUUGCUUGUGUACCUUUCUGCCUCGAACGGAAAGAGGCAUACCACGGGAAGGGUUCCAGCCUCUCUGUUUUUUCCCCUUUUUCGUGUAAACUUGGCAGUCAGUAAAAGGUGUAAUAGAGGAGACUAUGCUAGAACGAGGAAUUGAAGUCAAAGCGCUGUACUUUAUGAUCCAUAGGCAGGAGUACGAUACCUGCAUAUGUAUAAGGGGUUGGUAUGGGUAUAGAACCAAUUAGAUUAAGAUCUAAUGAAUAUAAACUCACAAUAUAUAUUAUAAUAUUGUAAGUUUCAUAUUAUGGCGGGCAAGUGGGACAUUUGUCCCCAAUAAAACAUAUUUACUUGUAUGAAUUUUCAAUUUUCUGUAAUUAACAUAUUAUUAUUUGGUUUAA